CUCUCUCUCUCUUUCCCCACAUGAAUUGACUGGCGAGAACUUCCAAGCCUUCUGAUGGCGUUUUCUUCCAUGGAUCCACCUCUGUAUUCUUCACCGGAUCACUAAGAUCAAAACACACCCACAGAGAGAGAGAGAGAGAGAGAGAGAGAGAGAGAGAGAGAGAUUUACUGGGUUUCGUCAUUAGUAGAGUAGUUGCAGAAAAAAUCUGACCUCCGGGGUGUUUUCCUCCAGCACCCUCUUCUUCUUAUUCUUCAGAGAUGCCAGUUGUUAGCAACAGCAAUAUGGGCACCCCUUUCCUUAGCGAGAUGAAGAAGCAGGCUUCCUUCUUUCUCAGAGAUAAGCUCAGAAGCGCUCGGUUGGCCUUGACCGACGUGACCCCUGCGGAGUUAAUGACAGAAGAAGCGACAAAUGGUAAUCCAUGGGUACCCGAUGCGAGGACGAUGAGUAUGAUAUCAAAAGCAGCCUUUGAAAUUGGUGACUACUGGAGAAUUGUGGAAGUCUUGCAUAAGAGGUUGGAAAAAUUUGAUAGGAAAAAUUGGAGACGGUCUUAUCAAGCUUUGGUACUUCUGGAGCACCUUCUUACCCAUGGACCAGAGAGUGUUUGUCUAGAAUUUCAGGGUGACAAACAAGUUAUAAAAGAGUGUGGGAAUUUUCAGUAUAUUGAUGAGAAAGGAUUCAACUGGGGCCUUUCUGUUAGAAAGAAAUCUGAGAUGAUACAGAAGUUUCUUGAUCAGGGAGACCUUCUCAAAGAAGAGCGCCAAAGAGCACGGAAGCUGACAAGGGAGAUUCAAGGAUUUGGGAGUUUCUCUCUUAGAUCAUCAAAUUCACCAGCACAAACAUUAGGAAAAUAUAAUAAGUCAAUUGCACGGUGUAAUUCUCAGUGUGAUGACUAUCCGGAGCAAGAAGAUUUAGCGUACUCGACGGACACGAGUUCCACAGAGAUCAGUAAAUGCAGAUCAAGCUCUGACUUUUCUGCAGAUUCAGAGUCCCCUGUAUCUAGUACCAACAGUCAUGAAGUUAGCAGCAGGUUUCUGAAGGAACGAACAGAUGAAUCGAAUUCCAUGAAGAAGAAUGAAGAGAAUGAAACCUUAAUGAUCAUAAAGACGAACGGAAUUGUCUCCUCCAAGAGUUUGAAACCAGAAGACCACGAUGAUGAUUGGGAUCCGAGGAAAGAGUCGCAGCCACUUUUGGGUGUUAAGGAAGAAGAUUUUAUGCACUCAGAUUCUCCAUCACCGGUGGGUAGCAUUCAUCCAUUCAGUCAACUUGAAGUGCAGGGCAGGGUUAGUCUGCUCUCUUCAAGAACACAAUGAACAGAUCUCUAAAUAUUGGUGGGCGUUUAUAUAUGCAAUCUCUGUGUGUUUGCAUCACUAGAGGCUUAGUUUCUUUUCAAUUUCUUUGUGGGAUUUUGAUACUCACGCUAGGAAGUACUGUUCUUGUACAAAUGCUAGAAACAGUGGCUUCAGGCUGACCUGUUUCAAGCUUUCAUAUACUUGGGAAGAAGUAUUCUUCAUGUUCAAAAGGCUAGAAACAGUGCUUCUGGUUGAAUUCUUCAAGCUUACAUGUCUAUCAUGUUUUGAGCUUCAGAAGGAGCAAGGUUCAAUAGAAGCUUCAGCGCAGGAGCUUAGAAAUGCUUGCUUAGUUAAUUGUUGGUGAUGUUCCAAUUUUCUUCAUUAAGCCACUCUCCCUUUGCAGCGUUUGCCUCUUGACACAACACAGGUUUUCUUCAGGAAAGCUUCAGACUUUUGUAUAGAAAACUAGAUGCUAGGAGGGAUGGUAGAUUUUGCCAUGUAAAUUUAAUCUUUAUUGGAUAUAUUAUAGAUAGACUUCUUCUUUGUGUGACA